AUGCUACAGAUGAAUCUCAGUGGUGUAUAUUUUAUAUUAAAGAUUAUUUUAAUCUUGCCCAUAAGAACUGCCAUUUCCUGCUAUGAGAUAUGGCAUAAUUACGCAAGAAAAAUAACACUAUCAUUUGUUAGGAGAAUACUUAUGAGAGAGGCAUUCUUGUUAGGUGAUUCUUCGACAAGCCAAACCGUUAUUAAUCCUGUUUUUGAAUUCAUAGAUUCUUUUUUUCUAAAUAAAUACCAAGAUAUUAGUGGAUAUAUGACUGAAACAGAUUACGAACUAAUAAGACCUCGCUUGAAGGAAGGUUCGAUAUUCUUAGAUGUACAGAAAGGUAUAAGGACGAAAUACGUGUGGUACUCUAAACCUGAAGAUUUUGAUCCUCUUAAAGAUCCCGUAAUGAUAUUCUCACAUGGUGGUGGUUUUGCCAUCAAACUAGUACCUUUAUCAUUUAACUUCCUUAAUAAUUUAUCGAAAUAUUUCCCUAGAAUGGGUAUAAUAAUUCAUGAUUACACAGUUACAGUGGCAGAAAAAGGUGAGUACCCCUUACAAUUGCUCGAAACAGUCGUCCUAUAUGAUUAUGUAACUAAGGAACUAAAUUGCGAACAUGUUUAUCUAAUGGGUGAAUCAGCUGGUGGUAAUAUUGUCUUCGGUACAUUACAAUUCUUAAAAAUAAGUAAUAGAAGGUUACCAGAUAAAGCUAUUGUUCUAAGUCCUUGGUGUAAUCCAACUUAUGACUCAAUGAAGACAGGAAUAAGAGAUAGUCUCUCAUAUUCUGUCAAUAAAGCUAUGGACGCAUUAUCUUUUGAAGGUUUGGAUUUAUUUACCAGAUUAUUAUUACCAAAGUCGUAUGUGUUCAAUGAUGAUCCUAUGUUGGAUGUAGAGCAAAAUUUUGAUACUAUAACCUGGAGUAGUAUUCUCCCUAAAGUUGAACUAUUAAUAGUAUAUGGUACAGACGAAAUAUUACAAAAUGAAAUUAAAAAUAUGAUCAAAAAGUUGGAUAAUAUACACUCCUCCAAUUUUAAUAUAUCGUACAAUGUAUUUGCUGAAGAGGACGCUGCUCAUAUCGAGCCGGUACUUAACAUGACACUAAAUCUGGAUAAAUGGUCUCGCUUACCUGCUAUGUCUAAAAUUUUGCAAUUUAUAGAGAGUGAGUAA